AUGGCCACCAACCCACCCGAGCCUAUCCGCGUUUGGCUGACUCCGCCCGGCCCCAACUCGUGGAAGGUUAUCUUCCUUUUGGAGGAACUUGGUCUCAACUAUGAGAUCAAGUCGUUCAGCUUCAAGAAUGUGAAGAAGAAGCCCUUCACCGACAUCAACCCUAAUGGCCGCGUUCCCGCCAUUGAGGACCCUAACACAGACCUGACCCUCUGGGAGUCUGGCGCGAUCUACCAGUACCUCAUCAAGACCUACGAUACAAAGAGGCAGCUGUCUCACGACGCGCACAAGGAACGCCACCUCGAGUCCCAGUGGCUUCACUUCCAAAUGAGCGACCAGGGUCCCUAUUACGGCCAGUGCGGCUGGUUCCAGCACCUACACGCCGAGAAGAUUCAAUCCGCCAUCGGCAGGUACGCCAACGAGAUCAAGCGCGUCAUCAGUGUGCUCGAGGGCGUCCUCGCCGCCAAGGAUGCGGACAAGCAAUGGCUCGUCGGCGACAAGAUGACCUAUGCCGAUAUGGCCUUUGUGCCGUGGAACUUUCGCCUGGCCGAGGUACUAAACCAGAGUUGGGACGAGGUCUGGGAUGGCGCGCCCCGCGUCCGCGCGUGGCACGAGGGCAUGGUCGGUCUCCCGUCCUGGAAGCGCAGCAUGGAAAUUCGCGCGCGCCUCAUGGACGAACAGGGCUUACAGUGGAAUGGGGUGCCUAAAGGGGUCGAGACGUUUGAUCAAUACGAAAAGGACAUUGCCGCACGAGCGGCGGCUGGAGAGAAAAAGUAG